AUGUCUAGUAUAAUAGAUGUUGAUAUUGAUGGAUUUCAUCAAGUUCUUCAGUGGUACAAAGUUCAAAGCUAUGGUGAUAAACCAAGUCCCAGAUCUCUUCAUACAGCUAAUGUAGUAGGUGACUCCAUGUACAUAUUUGGAGGAUAUGAUGGUCGAAAUAGGAUAAAUUCGUUGUUAAAAUUUGACUUUAAUAGCUCCAAAUGGACAGAUCUAAAUAUUUCACACAUUAAAUCACCACUUCCUGAGCCUAGAGAUCGUCAUGCUAGUGCUGUUUAUAAAGAUUGUAUCUAUAUAUUUGGGGGACAUAAUGGAACUGAAGAGUUAAAUGAUAUAUGGUGGUAUAAUACUAAUAAUUAUACAUGGAACACAAUAUCUGAGACUUGUACAUCUUCGAGAGGUCCAUCUCCCAGACAUUCUCAUUCUUGUUUUGUUUUUGAAAAGUAUAUUUAUAUUUUCGGAGGAAAUGAUGGGAGAUAUCUAAAUGAUAUGUGGCGUUUUGAUACUGAAGAAAAGGUAUGGAAUAUGAUCAACUAUAAUCAUCCAAUACCUGACAUUACAACAAACAGUAUUUUAAAUGAUGAUAUUUUUACAAGUCCAGGAGUGACUACAUUAUACCAAUAUGUAAUUCCUACUAUUAGAUGGAGAACAGCUUGUGUUGUAAAAAAUGAUCAAAUGUAUCUCUUUGGAGGCCAUGAUGGAGAUAUGCAUUUACGUGAUUUUUAUGUAUUCAAUUUAAAAGAUCAUUACUGGGAAGAGAUUCCCUGCACUAAAGAUACUCCCACUGCAAGAGAUUCACAUAGUAUGAUUGAGUGUGGUGAUACAUUAUGGCUUUUCGGAGGAAGUUCAAGAGGACACCCUAGAAAUGAUUUGUACUGUUUUCCUCUAAAAGAUAAAGUUUGGAAACUAGUUAAACCAAAUACUUAUUCAAUUGCUAAUAUUUCCAAUAAAUCUAUAUCUUUACUUCCAUCAAUGAGUUCCUCAUCUUCACUAUGUUAUACAAGUGAAAAUCUUACUUCAAAUUUUACUUCAGAAGUAUAUGAUAAUAGUACAUGUACUAAGCCUCCAAAAGCUCGUUUUUGUCAUGCAAUGGUUAUUUACAACUUUACAUUGUAUAUUUUUGGAGGAUAUGAUGGACAAGAUAGAUUAAAUGACUUUAUUGCUAUUGAUCUUUACAAUAAGUUGCAUAUUGAUAUACCAGUAAGUACUUUAAAUAAAGAUUUAAAAGGAUUACUUAAUGAUAAAAACACUGCUGAUGUAAUAUUUCAAUUAGAUGAUGGUUCACAAAUAAAUGCUCAUAGAGCAAUUAUUACAGUUCGAAGUCAUAUCCUAAGACUUCUAAUAACCAACUGUUCUAAACAGGAUCGUAUACAACAAUCUGACCAGAAUAGUUUUUUAGUUGUACCUCUUCAAGAAAUUAGCAAAGAUAUAUUACUAAUGGUCCUCGAAUAUUUAUACACAGAUCAAGUAGAGCUAUUUGUGAAUUUAGAUGCAGAGUCUACAAAUGCAUCAGUACAUCAUUCUGAUUCAGACUAUCUUACAAAAGUAACUCAAUUAUUCUUAGCUGCUGAUAAAUUUGGUAUAGUUAGGCUUCAGCGUAUGUGUGAGAGUUAUAUGAUAAGAUUUAUUGAUUGCAAUAAUGCUGCUAUAUUACUUAAUAUAGCUGAUAUUCAUUCAUCUGUUACUCUUAAAGAGGCUGCUCUGAAUUUUAUCUUAAAAAAUUUUGAUAAUGUGACAAAAACUAAGCAAUUCGAAGCUGUAGCUAAAAGUAAUGUUGAAUUAAUAUUGGAAAUUAUGCAGAGAAGGUAG